CGAUAUAUCUACUCUUCAUAUGGCGCGAUUGAAUGUUUUACUUUAUUGCGAAUUUUGUUUGAAUGAAAGGUGUUUUAAAAUGUUUUCGCACCCUGGUUACCGCAAAUAGAUGCUACUGCGCUAGUGCCGGCCAGGAGAUGAAGUUCCUCAACGUGGCGGAGAAGAACGAUGCCGCCAAAACCAUUGCCGGUUUGUUGUCCAAUGGCACAGCACGCAGGCGCGAGGGCUACUCGGUGUACAACAAGAUCUUCGACUUCGAGGCGCCUGUACGUGGUCAGAAUGCCAAAAUGGUCAUGACCUCCGUUUCCGGCCACAUGAUGCAGCUGGGGUUCAUGGUGUCCUAUAAAAACUGGCGAGUGGUAGACCCGCGCUCCCUGUUCGAUGCUCCGAUAAAGAAGUCCGUGAACCCGGACCAUGAGCCCAUCAAAAGGACCCUGGAGCGCGAGGUACGCGGCUGCCAGGGAUUGAUUGUCUGGACGGAUUGCGAUCGCGAGGGCGAGAACAUUGGCUACGAGAUAAUCAACGUGUGCAAGGCUAUCAAACCUAAUAUUACGGUUUAUCGUGCCACCUUCUCGGAGAUUACCACCAUUGCUGUGCGACGAGCUCUGCAGCAGUUGGGUCAGCCGGACAAAAGGCAGAGCGAUGCCGUGGAUGUACGCUCGGAACUGGAUCUACGGACAGGAGCUGCCAUCACUCGAUUCCAGACCAUGCGCCUGCAGCGCCUGUUCCCCGAGAAGAUCGCCGACAAGCUAAUAUCUUAUGGAAGUUGCCAAAUUCCCACUCUCGGUUUUGUCGCCGAGCGGUACAAGGAGGUUGAGGCGUUCGUAUCCGAGCCGUUUUGGAAGAUUAAAGUCCUGCACACCAUUGACGACCUGACAGUAGAGUUUAAUUGGGCCCGAAACCGUCUCUUUGACAAGGAAGCCUGCGAGAACUAUCUGCUCCUCUGCCUGGCCGAGCCAGCUCCUCGGGCGCUCGUCGAAAGCGUUACCGUCAAACCCAAAAACAAAUGGCGACCCACUCCGCUGGAUACGGUGGAAAUGGAAAAGCUGGGCUCAAGGAAACUCAAGUUGUCGGCCAAGGAAACGAUGACCAUAGCUGAGAAACUUUAUAGCAAGGGUUUCAUCAGCUAUCCCCGCACGGAAACCAACCAGUUUUCCAAGGAGUUCGAUCUGGCGCCACUCGUUGAGAUGCAAACUGGGCAUAGCAACUGGGGAGCAUUUGCCCAGCGGGUGGUUGAGUGGGGCCCAAAUCCCCGGAACGGCAACAAGUCGGAUCAGGCGCAUCCUCCCAUUCAUCCCACCAAAUUGGCGGAAAACCUGCAGGGAAACGAGGCUCGUGUUUACGAACUGGUGGUGCGACACUUCCUCGCCUGCGUCAGCAAAGACGCCGUCGGCUCCGAAACGCUCGUUCACAUUGACAUUGCCGGAGAGAAGUUCACAGCGAGUGGUCUGGUUAUUCACGAACGCAACUACCUGGACGUUUAUGUGUACGACAAGUGGAGUGCCAAGCAAAUUCACCACUACGAAAACGGCCAGCGCUUCGAGCCCACGGAGGUGUCGCUGCACGAAGGAGCCACCACUGCUCCGCCUUUGCUGACCGAAGCGGAUCUGAUUGCACUUAUGGAAAAGCACGGUAUUGGCACGGAUGCCACGCACGCUGAGCACAUAAACACGAUUAAGGAACGUGGCUACAUCGGAGUGCUCGACAAGGGCUUCUUGGUACCCGGAGUUAUAGGAAUGGGUCUCUACGAGGGAUACGAUGCCAUGGAACUGGCUCUGGCCAAGCCCCAGUUGCGUGCAGAGUUUGAAUCGGAUCUGAAACUUAUUUGCCUGGCGCAAAAGGAUCCCAAGGUGGUUUUGAGCGAACAGAUAGCUAAGUACAAGCAAGCCUACCAGCAAAUCACCGACAAGGUCACCGCUAUGGAUGCCAAGAUAGCAGCUCGUAUCAAUGAGACACCUGCGGCUAAUACUUCGGGUCAGGAGGGAUCCGAUCAGAAUCAAGCCACUAUGCAAACGCUCUUUCAGUGUCCAAAAUGCAAUCAGGCUCCGCUAGCACUGAAGGCCAAGAAGAACCAGCAGGGCUGGUACAUUGGCUGCAACAACUUUCCCGACUGCAAAAACGUCGUCUGGAUCCCAACGGAGUGCAAGGACGUUACCGUGCUGGACGACUGCUGUCCCACUUGUGGUGAAGGCCACCGAAUGCUGAAGUUCCGCCUAAGUACGCCUUAUUAUCGCGGUGUAUUCAACACGCCCAGCGGCUGGUACAAGACAUGCCUGCCCUGCGAUAAUCUCUUUCGCACAACGUUCAACAUUAAUUUGGAUUCAGUGAAGAGAGUUGGGGGCAUUGUUGGCGAGGCGAGAGGUGGAGGUUGGGGUCCGGGACCAGGACCAGGAGGAGAAGGCGGCGGAGGUGGUUCCGGAGGAGGAGGUGGCCCUGGAGGUGGAGGGGGCCCUGGAGGAGGAGGUGGCCUUGGAGGAGAAGGGGGCGGUGGUUUAGGAGGUUGGGGAAGCGGACCAGGCGGCGGUGGUUCCGGCAACGGAGGCAAUAGCUCUGGAGGUGCUCGCAAAAAUCCUCCAGCAGCAAAAGGAAAUAAAACGGACAAUGGUCCAAAGAAACCAGUAACAAAGAAACCACUAAGCGAGCCAAAGCAGAAGGCGCCAAAGACUACUGCAAAUAAAAAAAAUCCAAGCAUCAAAUCGUCUGGCGGCAUACGCAGCUACUUCACCAGUGCAGCCACUACGAAUUCACCCACCAACGAACUAGAUGGAUUCUUUGAUAGCAACGAUGGCUUCGAGGAUGCCAUGUUGGCUGCUGCUGACUCCGUGGAAUCGGGAACAAGCCAAUCCCAAACCUCUAAUGUGGUUCCACUGGAUGACGACAUAGCCGCCGCCUUUGCCGCGGACGAUGAUGCUGAAUUCGAGGCGUUGGUGAACGGAGGGAAUGUGCGGGCGCACGGCAAUACGGAUGCUCACCUGGACAAGAGCCUCUCGGAAUGGGUACAGGAACAGGACAAGGCGGACGAAAGGCCCAUGACUUGGGGAAGUCGGGAACGGGCUUCUUAUCAUACGGCUGCUCCCACUCCCCCUCCGAAACCGGCAGCUAAGAGAGCGAGGUGGGACAGUGCCGAGUGGGAUACUCCACCUACUCCGGCUAUCGAGCCGGAAACAGUUCUCUGCACUGGAUGCCAGCAGCCAGCUCGUCAGAACACUGUUCGCAAGGAUGGUCCCAACCAGGGCCGGUUAUUUUACAAGUGUCCAAAUCCUGAUGAGUGCAACUUUUUCCAGUGGGCUGAUGAGCCAGCUUCGUCAUCCAGGAGCAACAAUUCCUUUGACAGUUCCGCUCGGGGCACAACCAGUGCCUCCUCCUGGGGCACAAAUCGAGUGGUCACACUUCCUAGUAUUCAGCAAAGCAACUCCCAGCGUGGCCAAUCAUCUAUGCGAUCCAACUCUAGCAGCACUGUCACCAUCACCCAAACUAAAACGAAGCAGCAGGAGAGGAAGACCGCGUCUACGACUCCAGGCGAUGGGGAUCAGGUGAUGUGCAACUGCGGGCAGGUGGCCAGCAGCCUGACAGUCCGAAAGGACGGGCCCAACCAGGGUAGACCCUUUUUCUCGUGUCCCACGCGAGAGAAGUCCUGCGGUUUCUUCAAAUGGGGCGAUGAGGACCAAAACCAAGGUGCCAGUAGUAGUUCUAGUUCCGCUUGGGGAUCGUCCAAUCGUAAUCCUGCCGGACGUGGUCAACCUGCGGCUUCCACAUCGGAUGGACCAAAGUCCCGUCGCUGUGGACUUUGUCGGAAGGAAGGACACACAAGGACCAAAUGUCCUCGCAAGAAUGACUUUGAUAUGUAGCUGGGAGUCCAACUAAUUGCCACAGAAAAAAUAAGCCAAUACUUGUGGAGAUGUAUAUUCUUGUACAUUGUAUAUAAAGUAAAUAAAAAUUAAGUUGUUUUUUUUAAGGAACUAAAAUAAUAUAAAUUUUCACAUGGUAU